UCUAUGAUGCAGAUAAUGUUGGGUUGGUCCAACUCAUAUGGUGGUUGGAUUAAUCGGUUCGAGUUUGAGUUUUGGUUGGUUUCUAGAAGAUCCUCUAUUUUCAAAUAGAGAGUUAUUGUCUAGUCAAAAGUAAAAAGAGGUGACAGCCUUUCAUUUUUAGAGAGAGAAUCAGAAAAGAGAAGAGACAAGGAAAAAGAGAGAAGAGAGAAAGAGCCGCUGUUUUUCGUUUCUGCAGCAAGGCAGCCUGUUCAAAUGAGCAUUCUGGAAGAUUGAACCGUUGGAUCGUCCUGAAAUUUGGACAGUGGGUUCGCAAUUGGUUGGGAUUCUUUCUGACCGAAGGGAUCGUCAUUUUGAGGUCUAGUUAGUCGGGAAUCGCUGCUGGGCAGAAGGUGUACGAAUCUGUUUUUGGGUAUCUCUCAACCUUUCUUUGUCUUGCUCUUGUUUUUGUUAUCCACCAUGUUGGUGAGAGCUAUUGUGGUUGAUUGUUGAUCCAAGAAGGGUGUUCUUGAGGUGUUUGUAAUCCUCUAGCUAGUCUAGAGAGGACUUGUAAUCCCACCAAAGUCUAGUGGAGUUGUGGCUUGGACAAAGGUCCCGUGGUUUUUCCCGAUUUGGGUUUUCCACGUAAAAAUCGUGUGUCUUGUGCAUUCUAUUCUUGCUUGUGGUUGCUGCCCGAUUUCUCAACAGUGGUAUCAGAGCAUUAGGUUGUUUGGGGGCUGUGUUUGGUGAAUGGCAAGAAUGGAUGACUCAAGUGGAGCAAUGAUUAAGUUGACAUCAUCCAACUACUCUAUUUGGAAGCCACGGAUGGAGGAUAUUCUGUUUUGCAAGGAUCUCUAUGAGCCAAUUGAAAAUGGCAGCGAGAAGCCGGAAGACAAGACCGAGAAGCAAUGGGAGGUCUUGCAUAGAAAGGCGGUGGCAAUCAUUCGACAAUGGAUUGACCAAAGCAUCUUUCAUCAUGUUGCAAAAGAUACAAUAGGAGAUGAAUUGUGGCAGAAAUUGGAGUCCAUGUAUGAGAGGCAAUCGGCUCAAAAUAAAGCCUCACUCAUUCGAAGAAUUGUGAACUUGAAGUACAAGGAUGGGCAUAGUGUCUCGAAGCAUUUGAGUGACUUUCAAGGGCUUGUGAACCAGCUAACUACUAUGAAGUUAGCACUUGAUGAUGAAGUGCAAGCAUUGUUACUUCUCAGUUCUUUGCCGGAUAGUUGGGAGACUUUGGUGGUCUCACUUAGCAACUCAGCACCUAAUGGCAAGUUGACGAUGGACAUUGUCAAGGAUAGCAUGUUGAAUGAAGAGGCAAGGAGAAAAGAGUUGGGGAUUACAUCAGAGUCACAUGCUUUGGUGGCAGAUAAUUCUGGAAGUCGUGGAAGAAGCAGAAAUCGAAAUUCCAACUUCAAGAACUCUCAGAAUCGAAGUAACAGCCGAUGGAGAUCAAAAGGGAGAUCAAAAUCAGUGUCAAGACCAAGAGGAGAAAUCACAUGUUAUCAUUGCAACCAGCCCGGACACAUGAAGAGAGAGUGCAUAAUCUUGAAACGGGAACAAGCUAGAGGAAAAGGUGUGGAAAACCGAGAAAAAGAUGAAACUACUGCUGCUGCCACAGAUGGUGAUGUGGUCAUUGUUUGUGAUGCCGGUUUUGUUAACCUUGCUUGUCAAGAGAGUACAUGGGUUGUUGACUCAGGUGCCUCAUUCCAUGUGACCUCAUGGGUUGAUUUUUUCUCUUCCUACACAAACGGUAACUAUGGUUGUGUGAGGAUGGGAAAUGAUGGCACAUCAAAGAUUGUUGGCAUGGGUGAUAUUCAUUUAGAGACCAACACUGGUUGCAAGCUAGUCUUGAAGGAUGUGAGACAUGUUCCUGACAUGAGGCUGAAUUUGAUAUACACGGGAAAGCUUGAUGAUGAUGGUUAUACCAACUAUUUUGGAGAAGGAAAAUGGAAGCUCUCAAGAGGUUCUCUUGUGGUGGCUAAAGGCAAGAAGGAAAGUACGCUCUACAUGACGAAUGCAAAGCAUAGCAAGGGAGGAAUCAAUGUUGCUGAGAAAGAUUCUUCCAUUGAGCUUUGGCAUAAGAGACUCGGUCAUUUGAGCGAGAAGGAGCUGCAAAUAUUGUCCAAGAAACAACUCUUGCCCGGAGCUAAAGAUAAAACUCUUGGUGGUGCAAGCUAUUAUGUUACCUUCAUCGAUGAUCACUCAAGGAAGGUGUGGACAUAUGCUUUGAAAACGAAGGAUCAAGUGCUAGAUGUUUUCAAGCAAUUUCAUGCUGAAGUGGAAAGGGAAACCGGCCUGAAGUUGAAGUGUGUAAGGGCUGAUAACGGGGGAGAGUAUAGAGGUCCAUUCGAAAGCUACUGCAGAUUGCACGGAAUUAAACUGCAGAAAAGUGUACCCAAGACUCCACAACAAAACGGUGUCGCCGAGAGGAUGAAUAGAACAAUUUGUGAGAGAAUCAAGUGUAUGCUCUCACAUGCCAAGCUACCUAAAUCAUUUUGGGGAGAAGCAAUGCGGACAGCGGUUGAUCUAAUCAAUCUCUCACCAUCGGUCCCAUUGGAGGGUGAUGUGCCUCAACGAGUAUGGACGGGAAAGGAAGUCUCAUAUGAACACUUGCGAGUGUUUGGUUGCAAAGCCUAUGUUCAUGUUCCAAAAGAUGAGAGAGCAAAACUUGAUGACAAAGCAAAGCCAUGUAUAUUCAUGGGCCAUGGGCGUGAAGAGUUUGGGUACAGAUUAUGGGAUCUAAUUGCAAGGAAAAUUGUUCGGAGCCGGGAUGUGAUUUUUCUUGAAGAUGAGACAAGUGAAGACGUCGAAAGGCUUGAAAAGAAGAAAAAUACAGUAGCUGGUCCGGUUAAUUUGGAGCCUAUAUCUCCAUCCCAAAUGCAUGAAAAUGUUGAGGAAGUAGUGCAUGAUGAGCCCGAAGGUGCACUAGAUCAAGAAGUGCAAGGAGAAGAGCAAUUGGAGCAAGAAGAACAAGUUGAAGAAGAGCAACCUCUAUCCGAACCAAGAAAGUCAACAAGAGAUCGCAAAGCUUCCACUUGGUACUCCCCUCAUGAGUACCUAUUGUUGACUGACGGGGGAGAAUCUGAAUACUAUCAAGAAGCCAUGUCUCAUGAAGACAAGGAGGAGUGGAACAAAGCAAUUCAAGAAGAGAUGAAGUCUUUGCAAGAGAAUCACACCUAUGAUUUGGUGAAACUACCCAAAGGAAAAAGAUCACUUAAGAACAAGUGGGUCUACAAGUUAAAAACGGAGGAAACUAGUUCAAAGCCUCGGUUUAGGGCGCGACUAGUUGUGAAGGGUUUCAACCAAAAGAAAGGUGUUGACUUUGAAGAAAUUUUCUCUCCCGUGGUGAAGAUGUCUUCUAUCCGAGUUGUGCUUGGGUUGGCUGCAAGUUUGGAUUUAGAAGUUGAACAACUCGAUGUGAAGACGACGUUUCUUCAGGGUGACUUAGAGGAAGAGAUAUACAUGGAUCAGCCGGAAGGGUUCGAGGUUAAAGGCAAAGAAGAUCUUGUAUGCAGAUUGAGAAAGAGCUUACAUGGGUUGAAGCAAGCACCAAGGUAAUGGUACAAGAAAUUUGACUCAUUCAUGGUCAAAAACGGGUAUGCAAGAACUACCUCCGAUCAUUGUGUGUUUGUGAAAUACUUUGAUGAAAAUGAUUUCAUCAUUCUCUUGCUUUACGUGGAUGACAUGUUGAUCGUGGGUCGGAAUGUUGGAGAGAUUGAUAGAUUGAAAAAGGAGUUGAGUAAAUCCUUUGCCAUGAAGGACUUAGGACCGGCGAAACAAAUUCUAGGGAUGAGAAUCUCUAGAGAUCGAAGGAAUGAAAAAAUUUGGUUGUCUCAAGAAAGGUAUAUUGAAAGAGUUCUUGAGCGGUUUAACAUGAGCAAGGCUAAGGCGGUUAGUACUCCACUUGGAGGACAUUUCAAGUUGAGUGUGAAGCAUUGUCCUACAAGUGAUGAAGAGAAAGAAGCAAUGAAGAAUGUGCCUUAUGCAUAAGUUGUUGGAAGCUUGAUGUAUGCCAUGGUUUGCACAAGGCCGGAUAUUGCUCAUGCCAUUGGGAUUGUUAGUCGAUUUCUUUCCAAUCCGGGGAAAGAACAUUGGAGAGCAGUGAAGUGGAUUCUUCGCUACUUGAGAUGUACUUCUAGAGUGUGUCUAUGCUUUGGUAAUGGCAAGACCAUACUUGAUGGAUAUACCGAUGCUAACAUGGCAGGUGAUGUGGACUCUAGAAAGUCGACUUCUGGUUACAUGAUGACUUUUGUAGGUGCUGCAGUUUCAUGGCAAUCUAAACUGCAAAAAUGUGUUGCAUUAUCAACAACAGAAGCCGAAUACAUAGCCAUGACAGAAGCUUGCAAAGAGAUGUUAUGGUUGAAGAAGUUUCUUCAAGAGUUGGGCAUUAAGCAAGAGGGGUAUGUGCUCUAUUGUGAUAGUCAAAGUGCAAUUCAUCUUUGCAAGAAUCCAACUUUCCACUCAAGGUCGAAACACAUAGAUGUUCGAUAUCAUUGGAUUCGUGAUGUUUUGGAAGAGAAGUUGUUGGAGCUCAACAAAGUUCAUACGGAUGACAAUGGUUCGGACAUGAUGACUAAGUCUCUACCAAGUGGAAAACAUAUCUUCUGUCGAGAUGAAGCAGGUUUGGUGCUACCCCCCAUAUGAGCUGGAGGGGGAGAUUUGUUGGGUUGGUCCAACUCAUAUGGUGGUUGGAUUAACCGGUUUGAGUUUGAGUUUUGGUUGGUUUCUAGAAGAUCCUCUAUUUUCAAAUAGAGAGUUAUUGUCUAGUCAAAAGUAAAAAGAGGUGACAGCCUUUCAUUUUUAGAGAGAAUCAGAAAAGAGAAGAGAUAAGGAAAAAGAGAGAAGAGAGAAAGAGCUGCUGUUUUUCGUUUCUGCAGCAGGGCAGCCUGUUCAAGUAAGUAUUCUGGAAGAUGGAACCGUUGGAUAGUCCUGAAACUUGGACAGUAGGGUUGCAAUUGGAUGGGAUUAUUUCUGACCGAAGGGAUCGUCAUUCUGAGGUCUAUUUAGUCGGGAAUCGCUGUUGGACAGAAGGUGUACGAAUCUGUUUUUGGGUAUCUCUCAACCUUUCUUUGUCUUGCUCUUGUUCUUGUUAUCCACCAGGUUGGUGAGAGCUAUUGUGGUUGAUUGUUGAUCCAAGAAGGGUGUUCUUGAGGUGUUUGUAAUCCUCUAGCUAGUCUAGAGAGGACUUGUAAUCCCACCAAAGUCUAGUGGAGUUGUGGCUUGGACAAAGGUCCCGUGGUUUUUUCCGAUUUGGGUUUUCCACGUAAAAAUCGUGUGUCUUGUGCAUUCUAUUCUUGCUUGUGGUUGCUGCCCGGUUUCUCAACAGAUAACAACUAUCCAACUACCUUAUCUUCACUAUUUUAUCUCGACACACAUCUAUAUAUACUAUGACUCUGUAUAAUCUAUAUUGAUCAAAUAGGCUCUUAGUUACAGCCUCGUUCAAAGUUGUCAAAAAACAACAAAUCCCCCAGUCAUUU